CAGAAAUGCCCAUCUGCCCACCCACUGCCCAUCACUGGUCUUGUGUAAUCAAUACAAAUACUCUUUCUAGCACUCAAAAGAACGUUUAUUGUAAAAUAACAAUCUCUUUCAAUAACCAUAAACACUUUACUGAAGAGACGAGAACGAUGUCAAAGUGAAUUUGUUGCAAUUGAAAAGUAGUUAAAUGUAAUUAAAACUGAAUGAUGUAUACAAAAUAACAAUAGACAAUCAAAGUUAUCAAAGGGUCAAAACGAGAAUGUUCCGCUUGGAUAACAAUUAGGUAGUAUGGACUUAAACGUCGUUCUACAUAAGAGUUAAAUAAACAAUAGAAAUAAACAGUACGUUUAUCGAUAACAUAUAACAUUAUGAUUCAAUAGUUACAUUGCAUUCUUAUUGGAAUUGUGCCGGGAACUACAAGAUGGAGGAAUAUGUUUUGUUUGUGUUUUCGCUAUUGACUUUAAAUGUGAUAGCUCCACCCCCUUCCAAUAAAAUGCAGUACCGCACCGAUUACGAGUAUGAUCAAAAAACCAACGCCUUUUUCAAAUUCCACAUCGACGAGGCUUCCCUUCUUCGGGCGAAAACAAUUUGUCAAUUGGAAGGAGCUGAACUCCUAGUCCCGAAAUCUAAGCAAGAUUUUUCUAUGGCUCAUGGUUUGUUUAAGAGAUAUCCUGACUUGGGAGACCGCGUGUUGAUUGGUAACGAUGGUCAAAAGCAUGAGUCUGCUGAAGAGGACCCUUUGAUGAGAUUAGAACCAUCUCCACCAGACUUACGGCUAGAACGUUUUGGACCUGUGGUAUAUGAUGUAUUGACACGUCAAGGCAAGGUUGAACGAACUUACUAUUACCGACAGCUGCCGUAUAUCUGUAAGGUAGAAGCCAGGGAUGCUGUUUACGACGGCCAGUGCGAUGUUUAUGCGAGUGAUUACAAGUACAGUGAAUCUGCGGGGAGCUGCUACAAAGUCCCACCAUUUGCCUUGACUUGGAACGAGGCAGAAGCCGAAUGUAGGGGUCAAGGUGCUCACCUGAUAAUUCUCAAUUCUGCAACGGAAUAUGAAGCUGUUGCAAAGUUCUUGAAGACCGCUCCGAGAAUUCAGACGGCUGUAGUCGAUUAUUACUAUCUUGCUGGAUUUAGAGCAGAUCGGCUGACCAGAAAUUUCAGAACCAUAUUCAACCAAUCUCUACCAGAAGCUGGGUUUGCGACUUGGCAAGAAGGCGAGCCAAACAACUAUGACGACAGUGAAUACUGUGGUGCACUGUUUAGAAACAAUGGCAGAUAUAACGAUGUCGAUUGUGCGGCAAAUUUCGCUUUCAUUUGCGAAAAGGAAGCUCAGUUGAAGUCAUGAGAGAUAUGGCAAAUACUAUAAAUUUAUUCAAUGUAAGGUAUUAUUGUCUAUUUUAGACUCUCGCCACUUCCGUGGCUUAAAAAUUUAAUUUAGAAUGUGUUCCCUGACAAUAGCACUGUCGACCAUGCAUGCCUUAUCGAGCAGGACCGCUUUCUAAUAUUUUUUACAGGUCGUCUAUUACUUUCUGACCAAAAUUUAGAUUUACUCGAAUAUAAUUGCCUAUUUUUCCAAGCCUUCGUUUCCUUCUCACAAAUAUGUCCGAUCCCCAGAAUAACUACCAGCAUUUUGAGCACGUUGUCACGGGAAUCCAUAUUUCUCUAUUUAUCUAGUUCUAAUUGUGAUUAAGUUAUUAUUGUAUCAUAUCCUUUUAUUUUAUUUCUUGAAUAAAUAUUUUUACGUCUGAAACUUCGCAAUCCGUAUCCGUAACUAAUGAAAUGUGAGUGAACAAUUUGUCACUUGUCAAUGUAAACCAAAUAUAAAAAGUGUUUCACGCAAAGCAGUAAGUAGCAACUACACCAUACAA